AUGGAUUUAGGCAAAGAAGUGAAAGACCUCUACAAGGAAAUCUUUAAGAAUGCAGUGACCUAUUAUGACGUGCAUGUCAACUUCACUUGGGAAGAGUGGACUUUGCUGAAUCCUUCCCAGAAAAGUCUCUACAAAGAUGUGAUGCUGGAGACCUACAGAAACCUCACGACUAUAGGAUAUAAUUGGGAAGACCAUAAUAUUGAAGAACAUUGUGAAUGUUCUAGAAUACAUGAAAGGUAA